AUGGGGCGUCUGAGACCCCAGGCAGCACAGGUGUUGGGAGGAGGCAAUGCUGUCCCUGGAGGCCUUGUCACCGGACUCCGCAGAGGACCCUGCACCCCAGUAAACGUCCUGUCCCGGGUCCCCGCUACUAAGUCUCACCGGGUUCUGUCCCCACAGGUGGAGGAGUUCGAACAGGACGUUCCCCAGGACUUGGGGCCACUGCAGUUCGUGAAGUUGCGCAAACACCACUCCCUGGUGGACGACGCCUGGUUCUGCGACCGCAUCACCGUGCAGGGCCCAGGAGCCUUAGAGGAGGCCGCCUUCCCCUGCUACCGCUGGGUGCAGGGCCAGGGCGUGCUGACCCUGCCCGAAGGCACCGCCCGCCUGGCAGGAGAGAGUACCUUGGACGAGUUCCAGAAGCAUCGAGAGAGAGAACUGAAGGAAAGACAGCUGAUCUACCGUUGGGCCACUUGGAAGGAAGGACUACCCCUGACAAUAGCUGCGGACUCUGUGAAGGAUCUGCCCCAGGAUAUGAAAUUUCAUGUUGAGAAGUCAUUGGACAAUGAACACAGAGAGAAGACAGGGGCUCUGGAGAUGGUCCUCAAACGUGUUUAUAACCUCCUGAACUCCUGGGACAGCCUAGAGGCUUUUGAUCAGAUCUUCUGGGGCCCCAAGAGCACCCUUUCUGAGAAGGUUCACCAGCGCUGGCAGGAUGAUGACCUUUUUGGCUACCAGUUCCUCAUUGGCGCCAACCCCAUGCUGUUGAGACGCUCCACCUCUCUGCCCUACCGGCUGGUGCUGCCCUUGGGGAUGGAGGAGCUUCGGGCCCAGCUGGAGAAAGAACUCCAGAAGGGUUCCCUGUUUGAGGCUGACUUUAUCCUGCUGGAUGGAAUUCCAGCCAACAUAAUCCAAGGAGAGCAGCAGUACCUGGCUGCCCCCCUCGUCAUGCUGAAGAUGGAACCCAGUGGGAAGCUGCUGCCCAUGGCCAUCCAGAUCCAGCCUCCCAAACCCAGCUCCCCCAUCCCACCAAUAUUCCUGCCUUCAGAUCCUCCACUUACCUGGCUCCUGGCAAAGACCUGGGUACAUAGUUCAGAUUUCCAACUGCAGCAGCUCCAAUAUCACGUGCUGAACAUUCAUCUGCUGGCUGAGGUCAUCGCUGUAGCCACCAUGAGGUGCCUCCCAGGACUGCACCCUGUCUUCAAGCUCCUGAUCCCACACAUGCGCUACACCAUGGAGGUUAACAUCAGAGCACGGACCCAAUUUGACUCGGAUAGUGGAAUAUUUAAUCAGGCAAUGAGCACAGGUGGAGGAGGCUUUGUGCAGUUGUUUCAUCGGGCCAUGGCUCAGCUGACCUACCGCUCCCUCUGUCCUCCUGAAGAUCUGGCUGACCGGGGCCUGCUGGGAAUCCCAAGUGCUCUCUAUGCCCAUGAUGCUUUAAGGCUCUGGGAGAUCAUUGCCCGGUACGUGGAAGGGAUCAUCCACCUCUUCUACCACGGGGAUGAUGUCGUGACAGGGGACCGUGAGCUGCAGGCCUGGUGUCGGGAGAUCACUGAGGUGGGGCUGUGCCAGGCCCAGGACCGAGGUUUCCCUGUCUCCUUCCAGUCUCGGGCUCAGCUCUGCCAUUUCCUUACCAUGUGCAUUUUCAGAUGCACUGCCCAGCAUGCAGCAAUCAACUUCAGCCAGCAUGACUGGUUUUUCUGGGUCCCUAAUGCCCCAUGCACAAUGCGGAUGCCCCCUCCUACCACCAAGGAAGAUGUGACAAUGGCCACACUGAUGGGCUCACUCCCUAAUGCCCGGCAGAGCUGUCUUCAGAUGCUUUUGAUGAGGCAACUGGGCCGGCAGCAACAAGACAUGGUACCCCUGGGGUAUCACACAGAAGAAUAUUUCUCAGGCCCUGAGCCCAAGGCUAUUUUAAGACAAUUUCAAGCAGAUCUGGACAACCUGGAGAGGGAGAUAGUGGCCCGGAAUGAGCAGCUAGACAUUCCCUAUGAAUACCUGAAGCCAAGCUGCAUAGAGAAUAGUGUUGCUGUCUGA